UUGAUAAAUUCAACGGUUUGACAGUUGAUAUAAAGCCACACGGAUCGUCUCAGAGCGAGGUUGCGGUGCUGUCAGAUAGUGUGCUUUAUUAGUGUUGGGCAUGCUGUUCAAGAGGUUUGCGUCUUCUGCGACGCCCAAGUCGAAGACACACUAUGAGAUCUUGGGGAUAGCCGUCAAUGCAUCGCACAAGGAGAUCAAAGACGCCUUUAGGAAGCUGUCGAAGAAGUACCACCCGGAUAUGAAUCACAAGGUGACAGAUGACGAGGAGAAGCAGUCGAUCAAGAACAAAUAUAUCAUGAUUGUGCACAGCUAUGAGGUGCUGGGCAACGAGACAAAGAAGAGGGAGUACGACAAGUCGAUACUGAAUGUACAACCGCGCCAGUUCAGUAUGCAUCACGGGCACCAUGCUCCAGCGACCAAGGUAUACUCGCCUGGUGGCAUCAACGUGACACGUAACAAGGUCCAUUUUGGUGCUGCCUACAAGGCAUCGAACUCGCCGUACGCUAACCUCUACAACAGUCACACGAAUGACGUACCACACUUUGACUACGACACACAUCUCAAGGGGAACCUGUGGUUUGAGAAGCGUAUGAUCAACAAGCGUAUAAACCAACGGCGAGGCAAGAUGACUGAUUCUCGAAACGGCAACGUGUCAAGCGAGAAGCAAGCCAAGGAGCAAGCGGAGAUCGAUAGGGAGUGGUUCCAUGAACGGUUCAAGAACCACGGCAAGCAUGGAUUACAAGCCGAAGAGAUCGAAACGUUGAACUUGCACAGAUAUGGCCAUCAUCGUUACAGGGAGCAGAAGAGCUACGAUAUCAGCUUUGGGCCUGUGCUUGCAAUCAUGAUUGGGGUAUCAACUUUGGCAGGGAUGGGGGUCUACAUGAGCUGAACAGCUUUAGGGAAAAAGACAAGAUAAUAUAUUCAAAUGGAAGGCACA